GGCAAAAAGCAAAUUCGUGUACAUCACCCUUCACCAUGUUGUUGGCCUGAAAGACCUCAGUGCACACUUGGGCCGCAUGAGGCCAUAUGCAACCGUUCGUGUUGUGGGUCACAACACUCACACAACUCCACAGAAAACAAAAACAGACAAACAAGGCCACACAGACCCUCAUUGGGAAUCCUCCAUGGUAGUUGAAUUGCCCCAAGAUGCUUCUAAUGAAGGCAGCUUGUACAACCUGGUUGUUGACAUCAAACAUGAUUCUCAUGUGUCUGACCGUGUUAUUGGAAAAGUGACCAUACCUCUCCGUGAUGUCCUUGUGAACCGCGAGAGAGUCGGUUACUUGGUCAUGACAAAAGGAGAAGCCCAUGGGAAGCUCGUGCUUUCGCAUUCGCUAGUUUCUACCACUACUGUGGUUGUUGCUGCUGCUGGCGAAGAUGAUGUUGUUGCAGUAGGUGCUACUACUGCAGAUAACGCACAAGGACCAUUUCCUCUUGCACCUACUACUAACCCACUUGUACAAGUGGGCUUAAUAGCAGGUGCUACCACGAUUGGUGAUAACAUGGUGAACACGGCCUCCAACCUUACCGACCUAUUCGGUUAAGGUAGUCGGAUGCAUGCAUUAUCCCCCAAGAACUAUAUAUAUAAUUAAGGAAUUGCUUAAGAAUUGAAGAUGGUUUAUCUACUUUUUGUGUAAUAUUUAAGGAGUGAUGUUUCCUGUGUGUUGGAAUUUGUUGUAGUUUAACUUCAAAGUUACUAUAUAACAUUUCAAUUAAUAAA